AGAUUUGAAGUUAAGAGAAAGAAAGAAGGGAAAAGAGUGAACGAGAAAGUUGUAUUCUGUUUAAUCGGUUACCCUUUUCCCUCCCUUGGCGGUUUAAGUAUCUCUCCUUCUUUCUUUCUUUCUUUCUUCGCUUUUCAACCAAUAAACAAAACAACGAACCCUAAUGAUUCCAAAAACCGACGUAGAGCAGGGUGGUGGCAGUGCCGCCGCCGCCGGUGCCGGUGCCGGAGAGAGGCCUUUGUAUCCGAUGAUGCUCGAGAGCCCGCAGCUACGGUGGUCCUUCAUACGCAAGGUGUACUGUAUAAUCGCCUUCCAGCUUCUGAUCACAAUCGCCGUGGCCUCCGUCGUGGUCUUCGUUCGUCCAAUUGCGCACUUCUUCGUCGGUUCCACCGCCGGCCUCGCUCUCUACAUCGUUCUGCUCAUCGCUCCUUUCAUAACGUUGUGCCCGCUUUUUUAUUACCACAAGAGACACCCUAUCAAUUACAUCCUCCUCUUCAUUUUCACCGUUACUAUUUCUUUCGCCAUUGGACUCACUUGUGCUUUUACUAGCGGGAAAGUCAUUCUAGAAUCUGUGAUAUUGACUACUACAGUAGUGAUCGGCUUGACUCUCUACACAUUCUGGGCUGCAAGGAGAGGCCAUGAUUUCAGUUUCCUCGGCCCCUUCUUGUUCGGAGCUUUGCUAGUUCUUAUGGUCUUUGCCCUCAUUCAGAUUCUGUUUCCACUUGGUAAGAUUUCAAUGAUGAUCUAUGGUUGCGUGGCCUCAAUCAUAUUCUGUGGAUACAUAGUAUAUGACACAGACAACCUUAUCAAGAGGUUCACCUAUGACGAAUACAUAUGGGCUUCAGUCUCCUUGUAUCUAGACAUCGUCAACCUCUUCAUGUCUCUGCUUACUGUUUUUAGAGCUGCUGAAUGAGUAUAUAUAGUUGCAGCAGCAUGCGCUUCACUGCUUGGUACAUGUCUGUUAUUUUCCAUGUUAAUGGUCAAUUUAAACGCUACUGAUGAAUAGUUAGUUUAGACAAUAGAAUUUUGCACUGGUUGUAAAAAUAUUUAGGAUUGUUAACCUUGCUUGUGGUUUUUCUCUUUCUUAUGCUUUAACGCGUUCUUGGAGUAUUUUGAAAGAAA